AUGAAUCAAGAGAGACGAGAGCAGAUCACAGCCGCUCUUCGCCAGUAUCGUGAAACGGUAUUGCAGCACAAUUUGUUCUUGCUUCGCACCCUAGUAGAAAAGGUCGAAGCCCAGCCUGCUCUGCCGAACUGUCCAGAAUCCGUCGCACAGGCAGUGCGAAUGCAAGCUAUCGAUGAACUCAUAGAGGUUCCUGAGUCUAUAAAAUCGCCACGAGAUGUCCUUGAUCAGAGUGCUAUCUCUUCAUUGAUCUCGUCGGCCUCGCUGGAAGGUGUGGAUGACGACCCAGUCGACCCCUCGCUAAGAAGAGAAUACUUCGCCGGCCUCGAGGCGAAGAUUGAAGAGAGGGGAGUGGAGGUUGCCGAAUUUCCGCCGUCAGAUUUGGAGUACCUCUGCACACUUUUCGACUUCAUCACCCCUCUCCGAAGCGAAAAGAUGAAGGACAUGAUGGAGGCUGUCGGUGUACCAGUACGGAAUGAUGCAGGAGAAGGGGAACACAAUCAACUCACGUGGCUCUGGGAGGAAUGGGAGAUUGCCAUAGCGUUCAAGAUUGGUGGUGGUCCCCGCGGUUAG